AUGAAGAUCUUAUUGUGGAACUGCCGGGAGGCGGGGAAACCCUCCUUUGCUCCGGCUUUUGGUAGGUUGGUGCAACAGCACAACCCGGAUAUUUGUGUGUUAUUUGAGACUCGGCUUUGUGGUAGUAGCUUGCAGAAGGUGAGAAGGGUGAUUCCGAGAUCGUGGGGGUUCUAUGCUGUGGAUUCUCGAGGAUUGUCGGGAGGUAUAAUUGUCACAUGGGGUUUGGGUCGAUGUACAUUGGAGUGUUUUAAUGUUUGCUCUCAAGAGGUGAUCUUGGUGAUUUCGGAGGGCAAUAGGUGUCCUUGGGUUCUCUCAGCAGUUUAUGCUAGCACUGAUUAUAGGGUCAGGAGGACACUAUGGGAGGAGGCUAUGCAGCUGAUAAGUCAUGGUCACCCUAUGUUGGUGGCAGGAGAUUUCAAUUGUAUUGUGGAUGCUUCGAAAAAGAUGGGGGGGAACCCUUUCACUCUCAAUAGGAAGAUCAAGGAGUUUCAGAAUUUUCUCACUGCCAAUGGAUUGAUUGAUUUGGGCUUCUCAGGGUCUAGGUAUACAUGGUGCAAUAAUCAGCAGGGGCGGGCCCGAGUCUGGGAGAGAUUGGACAGAGUCUGUGCUACAGCUGGGUGGGUUCAGUGCUUUCCGAAUCAUCGUGUCAGACACUUGCCGAGGAUUGCCUCGGAUCAUCAUCCAUUGCUGGUGAGUACUGAGAUACACACCCCUGUUCGCUCCCCUUUCAGAUUCGAGAAAUUCUGGCUGAGCUAUCCACGUUCUUCGGAGAUGGUGAGGGAGGCAUGGUGCUCCCCGGUUAGGGGUGAUGCUAUGUAUCGGGUAUCCCGAAGGUUGGAGUUGACUAGGCGGAGGUUGAGAAGGUGGAAUCGGGAGGAAGUGGGGAACAUUUUCAGGAGGACAGAGGAAGAAGAGGAGGCCAUCUCUAGAUUACAGGUUCAGGAGGCACAGAGGGGAGGAUUAUCGGAGGAGCAGAUGGGGGAGCUUAGAUCUCACUUGGCAUUGCAUGAUUCCCUUCUCAGACGGCAGGAAACACUAUGGAGACAGAAGUCCAGGGUACAGUGGAUUUUGGAGGGGGACCGAAAUACCAAGUUCUUUCACCAGUCGACGGUGAUCAGGAGGAACCAGAACAGGAUCAGAGCUAUCAAGGGUGAGGAUGGCCAGUUAUCAGAUGACCCGGUUGUGAUCCGGAGGAUUGUGGAGUGUUUCUUCAGAGCGAGGUGGACGGAGCAGAGUGGAGAGGGGGGCCGAGUGGAGCUGCCGGUGCCGGGAGUGAGGGUGUUGGUGGAGGAGGCUGCUGUGUUGAUCAGGCCGGUCUCGGUGGAGGAGAUUCGGGAGGCGGUCUAG